CGGCAACAGAGAUGUACCAAAUCAGACGUUUGGGCGAUAAUAUGUCUUGAGAAACACAUACAUGGAUCAUAACAUAUACAGUCUAUGGAAAACACCCAACGGUUCUAUGGAAGGUGAUCCCCUGUGUUUCAGCAGCCGGGCCACAUGAAAUUUGUUUUUCAUCUGAGAAAACAAAUCAAAGGGAAAACGAAACCGACUGAGAGUAAAGCACUUGGCAUUGAAGUGUUCUCCACCCACGCGCCGAUCGACUGCACUUCCUCUGUUUACUUCCCUCUAAACACAGUCAGACCUCUCUCAGUCAGUCAGACAGUCAGUGUUGGACGCUGGAGCCGCACGAUGAAGAGACGACAGUCAAGCUAAGCCAUUGACUCAAACAUUACGGGCGAGCAUCACAAGUCAAGCAUCAAGAUGGAUUACAAAUAUGACAAUGGAGUAGAACUGCUGUUGGCUCACAUGAAUAUAGAAGACAUCAUCAACGCUGCAGAGACUUUGUAUCAGCUUGAGCAAGAGGAGGAGGAAAGAGGCUUCUCAUUCGAAGAGGAAGAUCUCUCCCAGGAGGAGAUGGACGAGAAUGAGGAGGCGGGGGACUCGGUGGGCUUGGGCAGUCCGCAGAAGGACUACGUUGACGGUGCUGGUGGUGUUCGGUACGGGGCGGUGGCAGACCUGCUCUCCUUUGUCAACCUGCUCUCCAGCAUGCAGGCUGCAGCCCUGCAGCACCAGCCUGAGGAGAUGGGAGUCCUGCUGAACAAGAAGGACAUGGCUGUGAAAAAAGGCCGCUACCAGAUCAACAUGGACGUGCUCCUGUUUCCAUGGAAGUUGACCUACAAGAACCACGGCUCUGGCCUUGUGCCCAAAGGCUCAUUUGGGAAAGUCCACUUGGCUCAAGACACCACUACCAGGAAAAGAAUGGCUUGCAAACUGAUCCCUUUGGAGCACUUUAAAGCGGCGGAUGUGGAGUUCCAAGCCCGGUUCCGCCACGAGAACAUUGCUGAGCUCUACGGCGCCGUGCUCUGGGACCAGAGCGUCCACCUGUUCAUGGAGGCCGGGGAGGGCGGCUCGGUCCUUGAGAAGCUGGACAGCUGUGGGCCCAUGAGGGAGUUCGAGAUCAUUUGGGUGACCAAGCAGGUCCUGCGGGGCCUGGAGUACCUGCACUCCCACAACGUCAUCCACCACGACAUCAAACCCAGCAACAUUGUCCUGAUGUCAGACAAGGCAGUGUUGGUGGACUUUGGUCUGACGGUGCAGAUGACAGAGGAUAUAUACAUUCCAAGAGACCUGAGAGGAACAGAGAUGUAUAUGAGUCCAGAGGUGGUUCUGUGUCGAGGUCAUAACACAAAGACAGACAUCUACAGCCUGGGCACCACCAUAAUUCACAUGCAGACUGGUAGCCCUCCAUGGGUCCAGAGAUACCCACGCACUGCCUACCCAUCCUACCUCUACAUCAUCCACAAACAGGCCCCCCCUUUGGAGGAUAUAGGGGAGGACUGCAGCCUGGCCAUGCGCUCCUUCCUGGAGCGAGCCCUGGAGAGGAACCCUGCUCUGCGGAGCUCGGCGUCCGAGCUGCUGAAAGACGAGGCCAUCAACCCGCCCAGGGAGGAUCAGCCGCGCUGUUGGAGCCUUGACUCAGCCCUGGAGGAGGCCACCCAUACCAUGUUACGGCAGCAGAGCCAGCACCACGACACCACACAGGAUUCGUCUCUGUACUCUGAGGACUCUGGCCAUAUGAGGAGGAAGGGCUCCUUGUACAUUGACCUAGGGGCCUUGUCAGGCUACUGUAAGCUGGUGACAGGGCCCCCCGCUUCAGAAUAUGGCUAGCAUCGGACCACAUCUCACCUUUUAGUUGGCUGAACUUUAGUCAAAGCCAGAUGAUUGUUUACUUGUUAGCCUUUCUUAAAAGUAUGGCUUUACUGUUGGGGGACCGAUUAAUAGUUCAGACCGGUGGACAGCUGACAAGAUGAAUUGUCAAAAAUGGAGUUAGCUUAAACCUUAAUGUUGAAAUGGGCUGAUGUGACUCAACACUGCAGGACAGUGGUUGGAAGCGAUGUCAUGCAUAUCAUUGAGCAUUACUUGUCAGCUGUUGGUAUAAUUUACCAGGGCUCCAUACGUUGUUCUAGCACAUGCUAUAUUUCAUUGCUGUUUUCUUUCUCUUGAAAUAAUGUCUAAUAGGAAAAUAAUUAAUUUAUCACUUAAUAUGUAAGUUAUCUAUAAAAGAUACAAAUGUGUGCACUAUGCAAACAUGUAUAUGUAGGUCUUUAUGGACUUCCUCUUGUUAAUUCCUGUGGAAUACUAAUAGCAACACAAUACUAUGCAAAUGUCACUUCUGUGGGAUGCAUGUGAUAUCUAUUUUGUGUUUUGUACAUCCUGUGAGAUGAGGCCUCCUGUGCUUUCUACCAUAACAAAAAACAAAAAAAUAAUUGUGUUACUUCUGUUUUCUUAAGUAUUGAGCAUAGAAAUUGCCCAAGUUUGAUUAUGUGUCAUUAUGCAUAAAUGCAAAUAAAAAAUAAA